AUGAAUGCUUAUUGCAUAUGGUUUUCGAUAGUAACUCUUGUUGUUGUCUUUUAUUUAUCGACUUUUGCUAAGGUAUCGUAUCAUUUGCUCAUACAUAAAAGAAACACUAAUUUACUCGAGCAAUUUGGAGAGAGGAGUGAAAAUAACAAUGAAUAUCGCUCGCGGCAUUGCCAGGUAUUACAUUUGGCAUUGGUGGUUUGUGGAGGUGUUCACUUGAGUUAUCCUUUAUCGACGCUUAUCAAAAGUAUCCUCCGUUAUCGUCAACAAGCCAUCGUUUUACAUUUACUUGUGGAUGAUAUUACCAUGAGAACUAUAUCGUUGCUAUUUAGUACAUGGCGAUUACCAGCGGUGAAAGUGAUGUAUUAUAAUGCUUCGCAAUAUUUGGAUCGUUUCUCAUGGAUUCCUAAUCGACAUUAUUCAGGCAGAUACGGGUUUCUGAAGCUUAUUUUAAACGACAUUUUGCCUGCUGAUGUUGACAAAGUAAUCAUACUUGAUACGGAUGCAUUGAUAAUGGACGACAUCGCCCAACUAUGGUCGUUUUUUUCGAAGAUGACAAGUUUACAAGCUAUUGGCUUGGCUGAAAAUCUGUCUAACUGGUACUUAAUUAAUAGAAAUACAUCCCAAAGAAUUGUCUGGCCAGCAUGGGGACGUGGCUUUAAUAGCGGAGUAAUGUUACUGGAUUUAACAAAGUUAAGGAAUAUAAACUGGUCACAUAUUUGGAAAGAAAUUGCUUCAAAAAAUAUUAAAGACUACGGUCCAGUUGAACUAGCGGAUCAGGAUGUAAUCAAUGCAGUUAUAAAUCAUCAUCAGUGGAUUGUACAUAAACUUCCUUGCGAGUGGAAUUUUCAGUUAGGAUUCCAGUCACAGCAGAACUUAUGCCCUGUAGAAAUUUCUCGUUUGAAGUUGGUUCACUGGAAUUCACCUUUAAAAACUCGAACAGUGAAUCGUUAUGCAGUACUUCUCCGUCGAUAUUACGAUAGCAUGAGAGAUAUGGAUGGCAAUAUGUUUCGGUCUAAUAUAAUUCAUUGUCAUUAUGAUUCUCAACGGGAAUAUUCAGCACUUGACAAAGUAUCUGAAUAUGAUGACAACGACGAUGGCUGCAGCGAGAUACGACAUGCUCGAUGGAUCACGUAUCGGACGCUAUUGUAUGUACGUCCCUACAAUUUCAUUGCUGUUCCGAAGAAUGUUGUUUUGAUAACGCAAUUCAGCAUGGAUCGUUUGAUGCAUUUUAAUGCGCUAUUGCAAUAUUGGACUGGGCCUGUAUCGGCUGCUGUUUAUGUUACCGAUUCUGAGCUUUCACUGUUAAUUCAAUUCUUCGAUGAUACUCUUGCUAAUCGAACUAAUGUUGCAUUGCAUGCUGUUUACAAGGAAAGCACAUACUACCCCAUAAACUAUCUUCGAAAUGUUGCACUAAAUAGCAGCAACGAUGCAUCAUUUGUUUUUUUGGCUGAUGUUGACUUCAUACCAAGACCAGGAUUGUAUGCAACGUUAUGUAAAAAGUUGGUAAUGACCAACUCAACAAACAAAAGAGCGUUUGUGGUGCCAGCUUUUGAAUAUAUGGGUAAUCGAGUUCCAGUGAUUCCUCUUACCAAGAAUGAAUUGUUAAUAGAACUAGAUGCUCAACGUAUGCAAAUUUUUCGACGAAAUAAAUGGAUCCAGGGUCAUGUAGCCACUAACUAUGACCGCUGGAGAUAUGCUGAUCAAGAAUACUCGGUUUCAUGGAGAACUGAUUAUGAGCCAUAUAUUGUGGUGAGGCGUAGAGGAUUACCACCUUAUGAUCAGCGGUUUGUUGGCUUUGGCUGGAAUAAAGUGUCCCAUAUGAUGUCACUCAAUGCUGCUGGUUACGAAUUUAUUGUGUUACCGGAUGCAUUCGUUGUCCACCAGCCACAUCUUCCCUCAUUUGAAAUGGUACGCUACCGUUCGCUAUCGAUAUAUCGUAAAUGCUUAAAGUCUCUGAAGGGUGAAUUUGUGCGCGAUUUAAUUCGUGAACAAAGAAAGAAUAGGACAUCGAAUUCUACAAAUCCAUUUUAA